AUGUCCUGUCCACCCUUAUUCGUCAUCCAACCUUCUCCCGGCAAGGGCAACGGCGUCUUUGCGCGACGCGACACCUCCGCUGGCACCCUGAUCUUCAGCGAGCCGGCACUGCUCACCCUCGACGCAUCCCUCCCGGCGCGCCAGGCCUGCCGCAGCCUCGCGGCGUGCUUCGCCCGGCUCCCCGCCGAGGACCAGGACAAGAUCCGUAGCCUGCACUGCCCCGUCGACACCGUGCGGUCGAGACGGAUCAUGCUUGAGCUCGCGCACUCUGACAACGGGGACGACGACGAGAGCGGGACAACCCAAGCAGGCGAUGAUCCCGGUACGAACGCGGGCAGCAGCACGCACUCUGGCGCGGGCUUUCCGGCAUCGAAGCGGCGCAAACGGACGGUAUCCGCGAGUUCUGGAACGUCGUCUGCAAACUCGCGGGCAGCAGUGCCGCCACAACAACAACAACCACUCACGGAAGCAGACAUCGCGAUCUACCUGGCCGCCACGUCCAACGGGAUCGCGUUCCUGGGCGCCGCGGACGGCAAGACGUACACGGGGCUGUUCCCCUCCGUGGCGGCGCGGAUGAACCACACGUGCGAGCCCAACGUCGUGUUCGCGGUGGACCACAACGGGGUGUACCACCUCCGCGCGCGGCGGGACCUGCAGGCAGGCGAGGAGUUGCUGGUGAGCUACCUGCCCAGGUUCAUGGCGUGGGAGGCCCGGAGGAGGACGCUGGGGGAGUGCCAUGGGUUUGUGUGCGGAUGUGCGCGGUGCGUUGAGGGUGCGAGCCGUGGUGUUGCUGGUGGUGGGAGUGCAGGAGACAGAGGAAGAGGACCAGCGCCGGGCUUCGUCCCCGCCAGCCAGAUCCAUCCUACCUUCGAAGUCUUGGAGCAUCAGCGUGCCUCUAUGGCUGGGAUCGAUCUGGCUGAGCUGCACGCCUGGAUCCGGGAGCUCAAGAGUCGCGAGUGGAACCUGCGCAAGAAGAACUGGGGUCAAGAGCCGGCCGAGCUGUUUGGACUAGCAUACGCCAUCGCCGAGGCCCACUGCGGGAUGGGCCUGGUUCUCCGCCGCCCCAGCGAGGUCGAGUCGGCCAUUGCGUACCACGAGCUGGCGGCCAGAGUCGGCGCCAAGUACUGGAGUGAGACAGAUGUGUUCGUACGGGAGCAGCGCGGCUGUGUCAUGGCACUCAAGGUCGAGCUGCGCAAGUUCAGUGGCAAAUAG